AGUUGUUAAGUGAACGUUCUAAGAACACGAAUCAAAAUGUGAAAAGGUCAAUGGCCAUGUAAAAUUGAUGAACCAAUUCGUAAAGCUGGUGUUGUGAUUUCGGAAGAAACUGAUAUCCAAAUGACAGAAUUGUAUAUGAUUCCAAUCAACGAUACGGAAUAUUUGCCUCAUAAUAUUUCGAUAACAUUUCCAAAUCUUGAGGUUAUCAGUGCAGAGGAAAGCUCAAUCCGUGAAAUACACAGAAAUAAUUUCGUCGGACUUUCAAAGAUGAGAGAAUUACACUUGUAUGGUAAUAAAAUUAGAAGACUGGAAGCGAACGUCUUUUCUGAUAUGAAUUCAUUGGAAGAAUUAUUAUUAAAUUCCAAUGAGAUAAAUAAUAUUGAAAGAAAUGCUUUUACUGGUUUGGUCAAGUUAAAAGAAUUAAGUUUAGGAAAAAAUCGAUUUAAUACAUUAGAUCAUGGAAUAUUUGGGCAAUUAUCUUCAUUGGAGUAUCUUUCUCUAGAUAAUAAUAAUAUUAAACACGUUGAAAAGGAUCAUUUUGAGGGAUUGAAAAAUUUGAAAGUACUAAAGUUAUCUUACAACCAACUGGAUGAAAUAAAUAAUGACGCAUUUAAUUCGUUACCAUCAUUGGCAGAUUUAUCUCUUGGUAAGAGAAAUCACUCAUCAAAUGAAAAGUCAAAUAACUAUUUUGGUUUUUUUAAAGGCAAUAACAAUAUCAAAGAAAUUGAUGAAAACUCUUUUAAAGGAAUGGAAGGUUUGAAAGAAUUGAAUUUAAAUAACAAUCAAUUAAAAAGAAUAAGUAGUGGAACGUUUGCGCCUUUGACGUCUUUGCGUGCACUUCAUUUGAACGGCAAUGGAAUUGAACAAAUUGAUGAAAAUGCUUUCAGUGAUUUACUUGCACCAUUUUUAUUAAUGGAAGUUCUUCAUUUAGAGAAUAAUGAAAUCAAGCAAAUCGAUAACAAAGUUUUCAAUGGAAUGAGUAAGCUAAAAGUUCUGUUUUUGAAUGACAACAAAUUAGGCAGUUUAAGCUUGGAAUUGCUUGCACCAUUGUCAUCGUUGAGAGUUCUUUAUUUAGGAAAUAAUGAAAUCAAAGUAAUUGAUGAAAAUGCGUUCAAGAAAUUAAGCAAGUUAGAGAGCUUGUACUUAGAGAACAACAAGUUAGAAAGAAUAACUUUUCCUAUGAUUGAGCCUCUGUCAUCACUGAAAUAUCUCCUUUUG